GGCGGGCGGCGCGCGCAUGCGCGGGGCGCGGGGCCCGGCGGCGGACGGGAAUUAAAAUGGAAGAUGAGGAGGUCGCGGAGAGCUGGGAGGAGGCGGCCGACAGCGGGGAAAUAGACAGACGGUUGGAAAAGAAGCUGAAGAUCACACAGAAGGAAAGCAGAAAGUCCAAAUCUCCUCCCAAAGUGCCGAUCGUGAUCCAGGACGACAGCCUCCCCGCGGGGCCCCCGCCCCAGAUCCGCAUCCUCAAGCGGCCCACGAGCAACGGCGUCCUCAGCAGCCCGCACUCGGCCAGCCGCCCCGCCUUCCCCGUCAAAUCGCUGGCCCAGCGCGAGGCCGAGUACGCCGAGGCCAGGAAACGCAUCCUGGGCAGCGCCAGCCCCGAGGAGGAGCAGGAGAAGCCCAUCCUGGACAGGUGAGAGCAGCCCCGUGGGCCUGGGGGGGGUGGGCUCCUUGGGCAGCGCAGCUGGGCUGGCACAGAGAGAGGAGAGCUCUGUUAGCACAGCCUCAGCUGCCCGGCAGUGAGGGAAAUGUCUGGUAAGGCCAUAAACCCUGGAAAUAUUGAGGCUGGAAGAGCCCUCCAGGAUCAGAGUGCAGCCAUUGACUGGCACUGCUGUGUGUGUCCCCAGGUGCCACAUCUGUGUGCCUUUGGAACGCUUCCAGGGAUCCAAGGGCAGCCACAGCUGCUCUGGGAGACCUGUGCCAGGGCCUGCCCACCCUCCCAGGGAGGAAUUCCUUCCCAAUAUCCAAUCCAUCCCUGCCCUCUGGCAGUGGGAAUCCAUUCCCCCAGGCUUUUUGUCCAGAGUCCCUCCAUCUUCCCUG